UUUUCUUUCUUCAAUCUUCAAUAAGAGGAGCAGUUAUGGACACUUUGUUUGCUGACAGAGUUUCCAAAGUAACUCUCGACCUGUACAAUAGUCUUCCCAAGAAAGGAAAGCCUGUGGCUGGUAAAGAGUGGACGACAUUAUCUAGUAUCGUAAUGUCUCUGGAUGAACAGUUAACUGUUGUGGCCAUGGCAACAGGGACAAAGUGUUUAGGCCAAAGUCAAAUGUCUCCACGUGGAGAUCUUGUUAACGACAGCCAUGCCGAGGUUCUUUGUAGAAGAUGUUUUCUGAGAUACUUGUAUGAUCAGAUCAAUAAGUUCAAGAAUACAGGUUCCUCUGAAAUAAUAAUUAGCUGCGACAAGAACAGAUACAAAGUUAAUCCUAAUAUUCAAUUCCAUUUUUUUACCAGCCACGUACCUUGUGGAGAUGCGUCGAUCAUAACAAAAACAAUUAGCAAUGUAAAGAGAAAAAGUGAAUUGGAAGAUGAACUGCUUGUAAAGCGGCAAAAAGUUGAUGCACAAGUAAUUGGUGAAGAAAAUGACAGUGAAUUCAGCAUUGAAAAUGGUAUUGGAGAUAGUGACUCUACUAAAGACGUUGACUGGGAGAUGGAGGUGGGGCAAGAUGUCCACAGAACAGGGGCCAAAUGUGUGGCAGGGACAGACCCUAAGUUGGCGGGGAUAGCCUAUCACACUGUUGGGGCAGUUAGGACCAAGCCUGGCCGAGGGGAUCCGACACUCUCCGUGUCCUGCAGUGACAAGAUGGCUCGAUGGAUUGCCUGUGGCUUACAGGGUGCCCUGUUGUCACUACUGCUGUGUCCAGUAGUGCUACACACUGUUGUGGUGGGUGGAGGAGGGCCAUACAGCAGAGAGGUACUAGAGAGAGCUCUGCUGACUCGUACUGGUACUACUCAUCGUCCCACUCUGUUGCGCAGCUCCCUUGUGUUCCCAGAGUCAAGAUAUUGUGUCAGCGACUCUGCCAAACCCUGCCCUUCAGCUAUUUUGUGGGUUAAAGUCAGUCAAAAACCGCUGGAGGUUUGUGUGGAAGGCAGGAGACAAGGUGCUACCAAGAAAUGUAGAGACAACGGUCGACUCAUGGUCUGUAGGCUGGAACUGCUCAGGAACUUUCUGUCAAUCACUUGGGAUAGGUUUUCCAAAAUGACGUACAGUGACAUCAAAGCCACAUCCGAAGAAUACCAAAGCGCAUGGCUUCGAAGUAAAAAAAAUCUUGGAGUUUGGACUACUAAACCUAAACAUCUUCAAGAUUUUGUGCUACACUGACUUUAUAUUGUGUAAAUAAAUACUG